UUCUCAAGAUGUCUCGUUUCACUUUCAUUCUACAGCUAUACAUUUUCUUAAUUCCUUCAGCGGAUAUGACUCAAAUUGGUAUGGACUUAAACAUAUCGGUUGUGGCUCCAAUUGUAUUGGACCAGCUUCAUUAUAAUAUCCAGCAUUUAGACAGUUCAUCUCAAAACGAGCCGAAAACUUCCACAACACCUGGUGAGUUUUCCAGCUCACCUACAACCCCGCAAACAGUCCCCAAGAGACCAAAUGGUGAUACAUUUAAGACAAUCGCGGCCCUUCCAACAGUAGCAAGUACUGCUUCAUCGUCAGCCUUUGGCUUUGAUGAUUGUCGUAUUUUGAAAUUCAACCCAGAAUUGAAAGAUUUUUCUCUGCAAGGUUUCGUUAUCAAGAGCGUGGAGGUACAAAGAGAAAGUGAAUGUAAAGUGAGGUGCUUUCAGGAAAACAACUGUUUGUCUUUCAACAUUGGUCUCUGGGAGGAAAAUGGAGCUUACCUGUGUGAACUGAGUGAUUCUGAUCAUGCGACGCAUUCUGGGGCGCUCAAGCCAAGAAAUGGCUUCAUCUAUCACUCAACCGAGAACGCCUGUGCGAAGAAUCCCUGUCCUCUACAUCACUCCUGUCAAAAUGGCUUUACGGAUAAAGGCUACCGGUGUGUAGCACUUGCCAAUUCAACCCCAAACGAGCCGGAAACCUUCACAGCAUCUAGCGAGUUUCCAAGUAAAACUCCAAGACAGGCAAACUCCUCCACAAUACCAAGUGAGUUUUCCAGCUCACCUGUAGCUCCGCCAACAAUCUCCACGAGGCCAAGUGGUAAUACUGCUAAGUCAAUCUCGGCCCUACCCACAGUAUCAAGUACUGCUUCAACGUCUGAUCAUGAAUAGUAAUGAUAUUAAUAACAGUAACAACAAUAACAUCAACAAUAAUGAUAACUGAGACGGGAAAUUAAACCAUAGGGAUUAUAACAUCAUCUGCCCACUAGUGAUCACUUUGAACUGUAUGAGUUUAUGAAGGAGUAAACUUGUCUGUUGUAAGAACAACCAAACAGUCCAAAAGGCCAUUCAGCAGGCCGGGGAGAUCAGUUUGUAAAUAAUUCCAACAAAAGAAAAGAAGGAAUUUCAGCCCAAAGCAGGGAACACUGUUGGCGAAUUAAAUUGUAAAUUUAUCAUAAUAUGAUGUUUAUGAGCAAAUUAGGUUACCAAUGAUAACGGCAUUUGUGCCCACAACUAACAAGAUUAUGAAUUGGUAAGAUAAUCAGGAAAUUGCAUAUAAAAACUACGCAGCUACUUUUGAAAUAUAAUGAACUUGCUCACUAGCUUUACGCAUGCGCUUUAGAAGUCGCAUUAAACUUUCUUCCUGUAAAUUACAUACAGAUAUCUAUGCAUCAUACUAACAUCAUUGAUAUUGGUAAUAAUUAUUACAUCAGCUGGCAUGAGAAGUUUUAUAUGCACUUUGUGUUGAAGUGUUUAGAAAGAAAAAGGUUAUUGCCACUAAACCACGAUGGAUCUCUGAAAACAUCAAAAGAACCCUCUUCUGUUUCUACUACAAAGUAAGAGAGAGCUUUUCAGCUGUAAUAAUGCCCCAUUUUUACUUGUUAAAAACUCGCUCUUGCUGUAGCAUUUCUGAAAAUUGUUCAUUAUCCCUUGUGAAACGGGUCAGGAGGGAAUGGGCUGUCGGAUUAUGCAACCUUGGUUCAUAAUACUUCAAGCACUCGGUAUUUUUACGCUAAGGGUUAAUACGUGUAAAUAUUGCUUUGUUUAUGCAAAUUAAUAGAGCCGGCACGAUGUGUAAGUUGGACAGAAUCUGCUAACUUAUAACCAUCAUCUGACAUUUAUUUUAAAGAUGAGAUUGAUUGAUUGUAAAAUAUCUUAAAACCUUAGAACGAUCAUCUGACACUUAUUCAAAUGAUACGAUUGUUUGAUUGUAAAAUAUCUUAAAAGCAUAGAACCAUUAUCCUUGGGCAUAGGGUAAAAUAUGGCCUAAUGGACCGGACUGGGCUAUUUUUUUGGAU